CCCUAACCAAACAGUAUACUGUAAUAAAUAAUAAAUGUCAAAAAAGCAGGACUGAAAAUGUCGAAAAAUUCCCUAAAAGUAGCACCGUCCGGCAAAGAUGAGUACCUGAUCUGCCCAUUUGACGAAAGCCAUCGAAUAUUAAGCAGUCGCAUGAUGGUACACUUGGUCCGUUGCGCGCCGAACCACCAAGGUAGCAAGAAGGUCCGCUGCCCGUUCAACAUUACCCAUAUUUGUACCAUAACCGAAAUGAAGAUUCAUCUACAAAAUUGUACGCAUCGCGCUGGCCUUUUAGAGUUUAAAAAUAAGUUAGCGGCGCCCGUUCUCCCUCACGAGACGAUGGAGGAAAUUGAAUGCGAUGAGAAUUGGGACGAAGAGCCGGAUGUUGGCACAUACAGUCCCAAGACAUAUUGCGAACAAAAUUUUGUGAUUCGCAAUCCCCAGGGCAAUCCGCCAGCAGCCAGACGUGAAUUUCGAGAGUCGGAGCGUAGGCGUUUCCAGCAGAAUCAAAAUUUCUAGAAUAACUGAAAGCGGCGGCCAUUUAAUCUCAAUCACCGGUACAAAAUGUUCUUCAUAAUACAAAAAUCAGCACAAGCAUUA